AAAAAAAAAAAAGGAAAACUAAAAAGCAAAUAAAGAAAGAAAAAUCAGUGACAUACCACCAUUUUCGCCCACACCUUCUCUCUCCGGAGUCCUGCUUGCACAAGCCAUAAUUCAGUUUUAUAUUGAAGGAGUUUUUGUUAAAGUUUAAAUUUAUGGAGUGCAUUGAGGCAAGAGCUCUGAAAUCGAGUUUCCUGGCUCAAAUGGCCGUGAAAACGAACCCUCAGAUGUUUCAAAACGACGACGUUUGGUGCCUGACAAAGAUCAACAGCGUCGCAGCGGAUGAUUUCCCGGUGGAGGACCUCCUUAACCUGGACCUCCCCGAAAAAGAUUUUCAAGAGGGGUUUUGUUUUUCCCAGGAAGAUAAUCAAUUUCCUCAAAAGGAAUUGUCCAAUAAUUCCUCUUCAAGUUUUACCGGCGCCGACGAGAUUGACAGCCUGUCCGAACUUGCUGUGCCGGUCGAUGAUUUGGAGAGCUUAGAGUGGCUAUCACAGUUCGUGGACGACUCUUCAUCGGGCCUCUCCUUAUUAUGCCCGGCCGGAAGUUUUCAAACCGGAGCCAAUUCCGGCAAACGCCCCGAACCGGCCAGCCGCCCGGCCCGAAAAAACCGGGCCCCACGCUUCCCGGUACCAAUUCCGGGCAAACCCCGGACCACGCGCUCGAGAAAACCGAGCGGCCGGCCAUGGACUCUGUCUCCGCCGCCGCUAAGCCCCGCCGGCUCCACCUCUUUAUGCCCCGUGGAGCCCGUGAACCCUGUUUGGGCCACCGAGCGGUUAUUCGGUUUGGGCCUUGAAAAACUGGUGGCCCGCAAGCGAAAGGCCGAGCCUGAAGGCGGUUUGGGCCGUAAGUGCACGCACUGCCAGGUGCAGAAGACUCCACAGUGGCGGAGUGGGCCGCUGGGCCCAAAAACGCUGUGCAAUGCGUGCGGUGUUCGGUACAAGUCGGGCCGUUUAUUUCCUGAAUACAGGCCCGCUUUCAGCCCGACUUUUUCGAACGAACUGCACUCGAACAGCCACCGAAAAGUGCUGGAGAUGCGCCGGAGGAAGGAGAUAUCUCUGGAACAGAGCUCGUGAACCGUUGGGUUUUUGUAGGUUAGGUUUUGGGCUAAACCCGGUUUGUAUGAACCGGUGGCGGUCUUCGGUUGUGAAAUUUUGGGUGGUUUGUUUGGGUAGGCUAGGCAGGUUUAUAGCCAUAGAAAUAUGGAGGUUAUUACUAUUUAGUUUUUCUUUUUUGGCAAUUCAUUUAUUUUUGCAGUGUAAAACUAAUUUUAAUUAAGAAAUUGAGUUAGAGAUGGUAUUAA